CUCCGCCUCACUACCAUGCAUGGCAUGAACGGCUUUGGCAAUGGCAAGAUCCACACACGCCGCAAGUGCCGCAACCGCUUUGUCAAAAAGAACGGCCAGUGCAAUGUGCAGUUUGCCAACAUGGACGACAAGUCACAGCGCUACAUGGCCGACAUCUUCACCACUUGUGUGGAUAUCCGCUGGCGAUGGAUGCUGGUAGUCUUCACCCUUGUGUUUGUUGUCUCCUGGCUGGCCUUCGGUUUGGCCUUUUGGGUCAUCGCCUUGCUGCAUGGGGAUCUGGAUAACCCUGCCGGAGACGACAACUUCACUCCCUGUGUCCUACAGGUCAACGGCUUUGUGGCUGCCUUUCUGUUCUCCAUUGAAACACAGUCAACCAUUGGUUACGGCUACCGCUGUGUGACUGAGGAGUGUCCAGUGGCCGUCUUCAUGGUGGUCUUCCAGUCCAUUGUGGGCUGCAUCAUUGACUGUUUCAUGAUUGGUGCCAUCAUGGCCAAGAUGGCGAGGCCUAAGAAGCGAGCGCAAACCCUGUUGUUCAGCCAUAACGCUGUCAUCGCCAUGCGGGAUGGGAAGCUGUGCCUCAUGUGGAGGGUGGGGAACCUUCGCAAGAGCCACAUUGUAGAGGCCCACGUCAGGGCGCAGCUCAUCAAACCUCGUAUCACUGAUGAGGGGGAGUAUAUUCCUCUGGACCAGAUAGACAUCAAUGUGGGCUUUGACAAAGGCCUGGACAGGAUUUUCUUGGUUUCACCCAUCACUAUUCUCCAUGAGAUAGAUGAGGAGAGCCCCCUUUUCGGGAUCAGCAAACAGGACCUGGAGACAGCAGACUUUGAGAUUGUGGUCAUCCUGGAGGGAAUGGUUGAAGCAACCGCCAUGACCACGCAGGCUCGCAGCUCCUACUUGGCCUCUGAGGUCCUUUGGGGUCACCGGUUCGAGCCAGUCUUGUUUGAGGAGAAGAACCUGUACAAGGUGGAUUACUCUCACUUUCACAAAACCUAUGAGGUGCCGUCCACCCCCCGCUGCAGUGCCAAGGACAUGGUGGAGAACAAGUUCCUAGUCCCCAGCUCUAACUCCUUCUGCUACGAGAACGAGCUGGCCUUCCUAAACCGGGAUGAGGAGGAGGAGGAGGAUGUAGGUGGAGGAAGCAGAGCGCUGGCUAACCUCAGCCCGGACCGGAACAGCCGACACGAGUUUGAACGCUUACAGGCCACCAGGGGACUGGAUCAAAGGUCAUACCGUAGAGAGUCGGAAAUAUGACCUCUGCUCACUGACCUGGGGUCAACUUUCAAUAACUUUAUUCAAGGGUAAAAAUGCAGAACAAUGCAAAGUGCCAUAGGAAUAGCUGACUACUGUGAUAGAUUGGAAAAGAAAUAGGACAACAGUGAAAGGGACUUAACUGGAAGGAAUGGGGGAAAGCAAGAGUACACAGCUUAGAAAACUGUGGUAAAGAAUGUCCACAACCAAGGAAAAGGCUAGAGAAAGACCUUCUUCCUUCAUGGAAACUUGAAUCUUUUUUGUCAUACGGUCAUUUUGAGUUAGGAGUGUUCAAUGAUCGUGCAUCAAAAACCUAUUAUGGCAAAACCUUAUAAUCAAAUUGUAGGUGUAAAUACAUUGCUUAGGUAAGUUACGUUUUGUGUGGAGUAUCAUUUUUCCAAAAAACAAAACAAAACAAAACAAAACAAAACAAAAAAAAGACACCUCUGAAAAAGAGUAUUUGCUAUAUCUUGGGCACAACCGAUAGUGUUACAAAACUUCCCUUAAGCUUUUCUCAUAUUGCUGUAGUUUGCUGAAUCUGAGUUCAGUGACACAUCGCAAAUUCGUGCACUGCAGCAUUCAAAUGCAAUGAGCCAUGAUAAAACAUCUGACCAUGAGCCACUGAGAACAACAUGAUUUCACACCUUCAUUUUAGUAUUGGUGUGAUCCCAAAAUAUACUAACAUCGGGAGAGAAGGCAACACCAAUUGCACUAUGAAGAGAAUUUAGGAAUAUGUUGAAAUGAAAUUGAAUUGUACUUGAGAAAUUUUGUACUUAUUACUCUCGUAAUCCUAAAUAUUUUUAAAUAACCUCCCAUCUUAAAAACAAAUAUCCUUGCUAGCUGAUACCAUGAUUUGUCCACACAGGCCUGCACAUAUCACUUCAUGCACAAAUUGUUGCUGACUAGUCAGGUAAAAAAAAGUAAAGCACAAGUUUACAAUACCCAGGUUGGUAAUAAGCAAUGCUGAUAAAUAAAUUAACAGCAGCAAUUGUAACCCCCACAAAAUGUGCACUUUAACAACAUACUGUGUUAUUUUAA